UUUGGCCAGAGGGCGGGGCUUGUUUUUUGUGAGUUGUGUGAGGGCGUGCUGGAUGAAACGCGGGAACUGGCGCCGUUGUUUUAAGUAGAUUUAGUGUGGCGGUUUUCCCCAGAAAGGGGGCAAUUUGACAUGGAGUCUUUUCAGAAAGUCGAGAAGAUUGGAGAGGGAACAUACGGGGUUGUUUAUAAAGCCAAGAAUAAAAUCACCGGAGAGACAGUUGCACUAAAGAAAAUUCGGUUAGACACGGAGACUGAAGGUGUUCCCAGCACUGCCAUACGUGAGAUCUCUCUGCUAAAAGAGCUCAAUCACCCAAACAUAGUCAAGUUGCGUGAUGUGAUACACACCGAAAAUAAACUUUACUUGGUGUUUGAAUUUCUUCACCAAGACCUGAAGAGGUUUAUGGACUCGUCCUCUGUUGCUGGCAUAUCCCUGCCUCUCGUGAAGAGUUACCUGUUCCAGUUGCUCCAGGGACUGGCCUUCUGUCACUCUCAUCGUGUUCUUCACAGGGACCUUAAACCCCAGAAUCUCCUAAUCAACGCUCAGGGUGAGAUCAAACUGGCUGACUUUGGUCUGGCCAGAGCGUUUGGUGUACCUGUGCGGACUUACACACAUGAGGUUGUAACUUUGUGGUACAGAGCUCCAGAGAUUCUCCUAGGAUGUAAAUAUUAUUCUACGGCUGUUGACAUCUGGAGUUUGGGCUGUAUCUAUGCUGAAAUGAUCACUCGGAGGGCUUUGUUUCCUGGAGACUCUGAAAUAGACCAGCUCUUCCGAAUAUUUCGGACACUGGGCACUCCGGAUGAAUCUAUAUGGCCUGGAGUCACCUCAAUGCCAGACUACAAACCCUCCUUUCCUAAGUGGGCACGACAGGACCUGUCUAAAGUGGUGCCACCCUUGGAUGAAGAUGGCAGAGACCUUCUUGGGCAAAUGUUGAUCUAUGAUCCUAACAAGAGGAUAUCAGCAAAGAACGCCCUUGUUCAUCGGUUCUUCCGUGAUGUCACCAUGCCAGUGCCCCCCUUACGCCUCUAAAGUGAUUUGUGAUGGGUACUUCAGCAGCACUGGAGUUUGGGUCCACUUUGUCGGAGAGUUAUUUCCCAUUUGUUGGAAAUGUAUCAGUUUUAUACUAUGAUUUUUUUUUU